CCGGAAUGCACAUCUUACACUGUUCCACACCUACGUAAGGUCGUAUUCUUGUCACAAUCUGGGAUCAUUUGAGGGUCCAAGUUCACCGCUAUGUACGACUUCAGGUUGCCUGCAGGUGUCGAUUUUGGGUGUACUAUUUGCGCCUCAACCUGUUUGGAAAUUCAGACAAAGCACCGGCUCGACGAUAUAAGGACAGCCUCGUUGCAGACUCGCACUCGGACUUCCUCCAAGCUCUUUGUACCAUUCUAAGUUCCCCAGCCCUUCAUAUAAUCACUUUAUCAUCACAACCUUCUCUUGUUCAACAGACCAUGUUGGACUUACUCUCCAAAGAUCGAAUAGUCAACGAGGCAGGCCUCAGAACCGCCUUGCGCCACCUGGACACAAUUUCAAGUCCAGGAGCAACCGCAUUACAAGCUACGGUCAAACAUAUGUCGUCAUCACCCCAUGUUUUUGCAUAUAUUAUUUCUGUUUGGGAUCGCCGUGAGGCAAUGAUCUCACAGAUCAUGAAAGACUUUCCAAGAAUAUCUCAAGAAUAUCCAACAUCCGUUGCGAGAACGAUGCUAGACAAUCUGUCUAUGUACUUUCUAGCUUUUCCAGCUGAGCCUCUAGCGAUGGAUGUCUCUAGGGACAUCAGCCGCCACAGAGGCUUCAUCGAGGACGCUUUACCUGUACUCUGCGCGUUGAACACUAUGGAAUUUUCUGGUGCAGGGUCGUUUGAAGACGAGAACGAUCUCUUCGACGAAUCUGAUGAUGGGUUCGUCAAGAAGAAAGUCCCUCAGAAAAUGCGCAAGCGUAAUCGCCCGAAAGCUCACACGUCUAUCGACGCAUCUCUCUUCCUGAGGCUUGAUGUGGUUGUCCCUCUCACGAGCGAGGCUGCCGCAUCAUUGUCUAAUAACAUUCUUACGAAGCUGAAAAAUGUUCUCUCGUUCUACCUCUCGCUUCUGCGGAGGACGGAAUUGGCAGGCGACAUUAAAGCCUUACUCCUCCCAAACGUGGGCGAGUCUGCCAAAGAUGUUGCGCCUGAAGUUUCGUCAACCGAGGAUGUCGAGAGUCCAACAACCCGACCCAAAGCGUACCAAAUGGUGCAGCCUAUGAAGGCUGCGCUUUACUUUGAGAAUGCGGACGGGUUCGGAGAGUGGCGAAUUCUCAUAUCUACGGAAGCCUACAAAAAUUUGCGUGAAUUACGUAAAUCAGAAAAGAAGACAUUCAAGAUCAUCGUCGGGAAGAUCAAACAACUAUCGAAUGGUUAUUUCUCAGAUGAUAAUCACAAGCGACUUAACGGACCAGAUGCAGGCAUACCCAUCUACGAUGCCAAGAUGACAAAGGACUUACGAUUAGUAUACCAGAUUGAUUGUGUCCCUGACCAGGAUGGAAAGUCCGAAAGACAAGUAAUCAAGAUAUACGGCAUUUAUACGCAUGCACAACUUGGCAAAGUAUGGGAUGCCUUGGGUAACCAUCUCGCACGCAAGGGCAGAGAAUAUCGUAGAAGGUGUAUCUUUCGGAAUAGACCUGCCCUUUCUAAAGACAGCGCAAUUCUGCCUGCAUCAUUCCCAUCAGCUGAACCCGAGCCAGAAUGCUCAGGAAGUCCACUCAAUCUUAGUGAUAAGGACAUGGACCGACUUCACUCUUUACUUGUUUUGGAGAAAUAUGUCACAUUCUCGCAAGUGUUCCUGCAUAGUCUUAUCGCAAACCAAGACGUACAACACGUCUUUAUGCUCACACCUCAAGAACAAAAGAUUGUCGAGUGUAUCACGUCAUGUUACGUCUUGGGUCGCAGCGGCACGGGAAAAACCACGACGAUGCUGUUCAAGAUUCUCGGUAUUCAGCGAGCUUGGGAGAUGAGUGCAGUCGACAUGCCGAAGCCACACCAAAUCUUCGUCACCAAAUCCAGAGUGCUCGCUACGAAAGUGGAAGAGUAUUUCACGAAGCUUCUCGAAUCUCUGGCAUUGGCAGGCUAUACCCUGGAGGAACUUGCAAAAAUGAAGGCACGAAGUGUCCAGGAGGGCCUUGUUGAUCUCGACGACCUGCCCGAAUCACAGAUGAAUAUACCAAUGAGAUACAGUGGACUUGAGGAUAAGCACUUUCCUCUUUUUCUAACUUUCGAUCGAUUGGCGAAAAUGAUCGCGGCAGAUAUCUUGGACAAGACAGAUAGCGCAGGAGCUUUCUUCAAUGUUGACAAUGCUGACGCGCAUGAUUGUUUCGUCACCUAUGACGUAUUCGCAAAUCAAUACUGGCCUCAUUUUCCACAGAAUCUCAGCAAGAAUCUCAAUCCGUGGUUGGUUUUUAGCGAAUUCAUGGGGAUCAUCAAAGGCUCCGAACAUGCACUGACCUGUCCUGAAGGAGUUCUCGAUCGCCCAACAUACAUCCUUCUUCCUCAUCGUUCUAACCCAAAUUUUGCGAAUCAGAGGGAAAUUCUGUACGACAUGUUCGAGUAUUAUACGAAAAUGAAGAGGCAGCGACGUCAUCAUGAUGUUGCAGAUCGCACACAUGCGAUACUCAAGGUCUUCCAGAGCAAGAAGUUUCCUGGCCAACAGAUCGAUUUCCUGUAUGUCGACGAAGCACAAGACAACCUUCUGAUCGACGCACUCUACGGUUUGUUCUGGGCUGGGGACACCGCACAGACAAUCUCUGCAGGGAGUUCCUUCAGGUUUAAUGAUCUGAAAGUGUUUCUCUACCGUGUUGAGCAGCAAAAUAUUUCGGUGAAUUCCGUUGGAGCAUGUCUUCGUCAGCCUGCGAUGUUUCAAUUGGCGAUCAACUACAGAUCACACGGUGGAAUUGUCAACUGCGCAAGUUCUGUGAUCGAACUCAUCACGAAGUUUUGGCCCAACACAAUCGAUAAUCUUCAGCCAGAAAAGGGGGUGGUUGACGGGCUGAAGCCUGUAUUUUUCACUGGUUGGGACAAAGACACCGUUCGUUAUGAACAGUUCUUGUUUGGGGAGAGCGGUAGCCACAUUGAGUUCGGAGCCGGGCAAUGCAUUCUCGUGCGUGACGAUGCGGCACGUCAGAAGUUACGAGACCAAGUUGGUCAAAUUGGACUAAUUAUGACGCUUUAUGAGAGCAAAGGCCUGGAAUUCAAUGAUGUGCUGCUAUACAACUUUUUCGAGGAUUCUGCUGUAGAUCUGUCGCGAUGGCGCGUAGUUCUCAAUGGGGUAGACGGUCAAGGAUAUGCACCGAACUUUGAACGAGACGAGGCGCGAUACGCUGGGGUUUGUAGCGAGCUCAAACUUCUUUAUGUGGGAAUCACUCGAGCAAGGAAGAACAUAUGGAUAUUCUGGACGUCUCGCAACCAGAUCGAGAAUUGUACCCCCGGCACCGAUGUCCCUCAUCUAGCCGUCUCCUCGACUCCGGAAGAAUGGGCAUCCUUCGGGCACUCACUAUUCUCGCACAAGCGCUACUCGCAGGCUAUCCACUGCUUCGAACGUGCUGACCUUCAUCGUGAAGCGAAGGUUUGUGAGGCAUAUCAACUCCGAGAAGUCGCACGUUCUAGUGUCGGAGUGGCCUCACUCAGCGACCAAAAAAGAGCUUUUAACGUAGCUGCCGAUGCCUUUACUGAUUGCGCGGCGACCGCAACAGCAAAUCAGAAGCUCCAAUAUUAUCGUAACUCGGCGGAUUGCUACGUUCGAGCAGGAGAUGAUCUUAAAGCUGCUAAAGCCUAUCUCAAUGCUCAAGAGUUUGAGCAAGCAGCGAAGAGAUAUCGCAAGGCCGGACGGUUUGACAAGACCCUCCAUGUUCUUAAUGACCAUGGCACGGAUAUACCUAAAGAGACCAAGACGGAGUUACAGACUGUGUGCAGACUGUUUUACUGCAGCAGGAACAACGUUCAGGCUCCCUUGCCCCUCUUCUCGACAUUUGAUGAGGAACUCAAAUUUCUGGAGGACUAUGAUCUUGAUGACGCUCGUGCCUCACUGCUUGAAUCUCACUCAAGGUACUAUGAGGUCGCAGAGCUCCACUUGUCAGAGAAUAGGCCCUUGGAAGCUGUUCGAGCAUUCAUAAAGGACAAAAGCAACGUCGAUUCUACCAUCCGUGCGGCCGAUACUAUAUUGGAAUACUUCUGGCGCAAAUGCUCCUUCAGAAUCACCGUAAAAUCCAUUGCUGAUGAGCCAAUGCAGCAUUUCAUCGCUCUUGCUGAUCAACUAGAGACGAACAAACUAACGCCGGCCACAUGUGAUCUAAUAUCGAUGUUUCAGAACAUCUUGCGCGGAAAUCACGAGCCGUUGAGAAAUCUUGCGCUUGGCUUCUAUAAACAUAACAGGCCAGCAGCUCUCCUUUGCCUGGACCAUAUAUUCUCUCGAACCACAGAUAUUCGAACUUUCGCGGUCAAUGAAAUGCAACGGUUCCUUGAACAAUUUCACGCCUAUGCGCGACUGCUCUAUCUGAUUUUAACCUUCCCUGACCCCAUGGAGCAUAGGGGUAUUCAGAGACUAUUCUCCAUCGUGCGGUUGUCCGGCGACAAGUUUCUCAUACCAAAUGGAACAUUCCUCCACAACAAAACAAUGGAAAUCCGGCAGGGCAUCACUUGGGUAUCGGAACAUCCGUCCGGGUAUACAGCUUCUCGUAGAAACGCUACCCAGCUCCUACAACAAUCCAUUCGAACGAUCUUGAAAGACAAAAUAUCGGAGAUCGAUGCUAUGUGUUGCAAAUCUCCCGUUUUCUCGCAAUGCCUGCAAUUCUUGAUAUCCGGAGUAUGUCGAAGAGAUAACUGUCCCCAAGAGCAUGUUGCAGUAUCGAAAUUGGAUCGCCAGUAUUACAACAACCGUGUUGCCAUCCACAUCUGGCAGAUCCUGAUCUUGCAAUUCAUGUAUUCCGCUCACCCAUACAUUGAGCGACGCAAAAGCAUGCGGAAUUGGCUCAAGCAUCUUUACGAGGCCAUCAAUCCACCCUUCUUCAUUCAAGGUUCCCCCGCGGACCUCGACAUGAACCUGAUGCCUCUUCGUCGAGAUGGCAUGAAAGUGGUGAAGCUCUGGGUCCGCGAAUCCUUCUACUCGCUCGACCCAUUCCAUACCCAGGCUGAAUUUUUGACGGUGUUGAUGGGAAUAACCAGUCUUAGUUUUGCUUUUGACAGGGACGACACACCUGACUACAUCUCUCGAGCAAAGUGUACGAUCUCCGGACCGUUCGAACUCGUUCGCAAGUGGGACAAACGCUAUAUGGUUCAUGACCUGCUCAUUUCUUACCAAGGAGCUACCCGCAGCAGCAUCUCAUCCGGGAUUUCGUAUAUUCUACAUGUCCUCGAUAAUCGUUUAUAUGCCAACCUCUCGGUGUUGUGCGACUGUAUCGAGGACAUCUGCAGCGCUUUUGUAAUCAACUGGCGAAUCGACCCAUACUUCAAUGAGUUUCCCCUUCAUAAUGUCGUCCUUCCAUGUAACUGGCUACUGUUUCCCCACAAAUUCACUACGGAGAAAAAAACUAACCUGCCUUUGAUGGGCAAGCUUCUGGAUGAAAUCGCGAGGCUGGUCGAAGCAUUGCGCGUAGAAGCCGGCAUGGAUUUCCUCUGGCUGGACUACGCGAGAUUUACGCCUAUUCUCCGUAAUGUUUUCAUUUCCCGGAUCUGCAGGGUUCUCUGCCUCAUUGCUCAUAACAUCAGGAAUCGCUUCCUGAGAAGCAAAGUAGACUAUAUCAUUCUUUCUCUGCACAAAAACAACCCUCCUUCGAAUCGGCAUCCAGUUAACUAUUGGAAACUCGUGGAUGAUGUGGUCAGGUAUAUGACACCCUUGCCAGGAUUGGCGCCACCCCCAGAUGGUUACCUGCAAGCUCUCCUGGCUUUCGAUGAUAAUAAAGGAGUGCGCAACCUGACCAUCGAGAUCCCCCAGCUUCUUUCAUCGUACACAGUGGUCACACAGUCUGCCCUGAGAGUGGAGGCCCCUGCCUCCGUACCUCACUUAGGGCAUUCGAAGGACCGACCAGAGGUUGUGCAGCAUGAUAAGAAAGAGAUAGCGGAACCGCAACCUCAAGAGUUCGAAGGAGAGGAGGAAAGGGAGGAAGAAAGGGAGGAAGAAAGGGAGGAGGCAGAUCUCACGGCAAAUGCUGAUACUGAGACCCGUGAUGCAUCGGGGACUUUGGAUGAGGCGAUGGCGUUGUUUGCACCUGAUCUUGACGAGUCGCUACGCACCAACGGACCAUCGGCGAAGGAAGAAGAGGCGGCUCGCAACAUUCAGAACGCAUACCGCCGUUACGUCAGACGCCGCUCGAGUCGUGCAGUCAAUGCCGAAAUCGAUGCGAUGUUCAUGACAUGCCUGAAGGAGACGCAGUCCCCUGAAUGGUGUUCGGGUUAUUACAACUUCCUCUUCCUUGGACCAUUGCCUCACCUCCUGACGAAAGUCCUUUUCAACAAGGAGUCUCAUGAAAAGCUCGAGGAAACGCUCCUCAGGAAGGGAUUGGAACUGCGCAAGCAGCUAGAACCUUCCUCAUCUGCUCAUCGUGCCCGUAACAUUGAUGCACUCAGAUCUGGAGUUCUAGAGGUCGAUGAAUUUAUGAAGGGGGUUCCCGGAAGCAUGAAAGACAUGCAAUUCGACUUUCAAAUGGCCUACAAGGGCAUUGUCGCAAAGAAGGUCCCUCCGAGAAACGAGAAAGAAAGACCUGCUCUCAAUGUCGAGGAUGUGAACGACUGUUAAUUUCG